AUCAGCAGGUGGCGCCAAAUCCAACCCAGUGACGUCAGGGACUCAGGCCUCGGUGUGUUUUCACCUGAAUGGCAGGAAUCAUCAUGCAACACCAGGAGCAUCACUUCAUGUUCAUGGACUUCUGUGAAGACACACACUAUCUGCUGGAGGACGAUAGUCCCACAGAGAUGAUGAUGAAGAAGGAACAGAAGGACGCAGAGCUGGAUAAAAAGAUCGAGGCCUUACGGAAGAAAAACGAAGCACUUAUGAAACGCUACCAGGAAGUGGAGGAGGAUAAGAAGCGUGCGGAACAGGAAGGAAUGUCACUCCGCAGCAGGAAGGGAAAGACGGAUGAUCUGACCAUCAGCAUCAACAAAUCCUCCAACGAUCCGCGUGUGGUGACCGAGCGCUCGGGACCCGGAGGACUGAGAGACCGAGAGAAGGAGAAGAGUCCGGGAUCCAGCGUCUUCAGCGUCGGGAGAGGAAAGAGACGACAGCUGCUCGUCACAGCAUCAGGAAACAUCACGGAGAAGAGGGUGUUCGGUGAAAGAAAGGACAGGAACCGUCCCGUGAGUCCAGCGAGGAUGAAGUCCUGUGCUGAGGAAGAGCUGAAGUCCAACAACACACGAGGAAGACAGAGAGUCCCGCAGGACGACGCAGAUCGAUGGAGUCGAUGUGAGGACUCGUCUGUGGUCCCGGUCACACAGGCCGUCGCUGACCUGAACCUGGUCUCAUCCCAAGAAGAGCAGCUGGAGUAUCUGCGGUGGAAGAAGGAGCGCGAGGAGAUCGACCGCGAGCCGUGUGGCUCGACACAAGAACCCGCUGAAGGCCAGUGGAGGAGAGCCUGGGACGUGGAGAAGACCCAUCUGAUGUAA